AUGCAAGAGCGGGAUGAUCUCAACCGGGCUCUGGGGUCUUUAGCUCGUGAGAUCGGACAGAAUUUCUCCAGCUCCUUUGGGUCACUAGACCAGGUAGCCUGUGGAUCAGGGAAGCAGUCCUGGCGAGAAGCGUUUGUGACGCUUCUAGAAGGCAUUCUCCGGGACUCCGAAGACGCUUUUGUUCAUCUUCCAUAUGCGGAGAUUCGAAACCAAGUUCGUCGGCUGUCCCCUGCGCUCGAGGAAAUUACGUCACCGCAACUAGUGAUUGUUGGGUUAGGCCGGCCGUCGCAGGUGGUGCUGAAUCCGGGGUCGAAGAAGCUUGCAGGGCUCUUAGGGCUAGAGAACACUCUCUGGGGCGAUGUGCAUAUGGCAGAGAUCUUUGAGGCGCCGUCUCCGGCUGUGUUGGAGGGCUUUGGUACUCGACCGAAGACAAAUAAGGCCCAGGUGGCCCGACAACUACUGUAUGCCUGCUAUCGUGCUGUGCACCAGGUUACGAUACACUACUACCGCGAUCAGGGGAUGGCUGCAGAGAUCGAUGCUAGGAGACGUCUAACUUCAGUCGGCCGGACCGAUCUGCAGUUAGACUUCAGAUGGAAGUCUCAAGAAUGGGAAAGGUUCCUUAGUGCUACACAGCAGUGUUCGACCAUGAGCUACAUGAUGAAUAUGAAUAUGAUCGGUUUCGGAGAAAUCAUAUGA